AUGGCCGACCAAAAUGAGGUGGACCUAGACUCUGUCAUUGACCGCCUACUUGAAGUCCGAGGAAGUAGACCUGGGAAACAAGUACAGCUCUUAGAGGCUGAAAUUCGGUACUUAUGUACCAAGGCUCGAGAAAUUUUCAUUUCUCAGCCAAUAUUGCUCGAGUUGGAAGCCCCGAUUAAGAUCUGCGGUGAUAUUCACGGCCAAUACUACGAUUUGUUGCGUCUCUUCGAAUAUGGCGGCUUUCCACCCGAAGCAAAUUACCUCUUCCUUGGCGAUUAUGUAGACCGAGGCAAACAAUCUCUCGAAACCAUCUGCCUGUUGCUCGCAUACAAGAUCAAGUAUCCAGAGAACUUCUUCAUUCUGCGAGGCAACCACGAAUGCGCAUCCAUCAACCGCAUCUACGGCUUUUAUGAUGAGUGUAAAAGAAGAUAUAACAUCAAGUUGUGGAAAACGUUCACUGACUGCUUCAACUGCCUACCCAUUGCAGCAAUCAUCGAUGAGAAGAUCUUUACCAUGCAUGGUGGUUUGAGUCCCGAUCUCAACUCCAUGGAGCAAAUACGGCGUGUCAUGCGUCCUACCGAUAUUCCUGACUGUGGGCUUCUAUGUGAUCUGCUAUGGUCUGACCCCGACAAAGACAUAACGGGGUGGAGCGAAAAUGAUCGAGGGGUCUCCUUCACCUUCGGACCCGAUGUUGUUUCUCGUUUCCUUCAAAAGCACGACAUGGAUUUGAUCUGUAGAGCACAUCAAGUCGUGGAGGACGGCUACGAAUUCUUCUCGAAACGACAACUCGUCACGCUCUUUAGCGCCCCCAAUUACUGCGGAGAAUUUGACAAUGCUGGUGCAAUGAUGAGCGUGGACGAAAGCUUGCUGUGUUCAUUCCAGAUCCUGAAACCGGCUGAGAAGAAACAAAAGUACGUCUACGGUGGUAUGGGCUCUGGUAGACCCAUCACUCCUCCUCGAAAGCAAAAGAAGAAGUAG